AACACCCAUUUAUGUAAUCUUAAUUAACGUACAAUAUAUGUAACGUUACUUGCGCAAGAUAUAUUUAUUAGACUGCACAUACCUGUACAAGAUGAAGAAGCUGGUGACUCUCGUUAUAUUCUGCGCGAUCUUUCCACUGGCCACUGCUCUGGAUUGUACUGUGUGUCAUUCACCAAUAACGUCAACCACAUGCAAACCUAUGACUUCAACAUGUUUUCCUUCCUACACAAAGUGUUUUAAAGGGAUUCUGAAAGCUUCAGGAACUGUGAAUAACCAAAUAACUGCCCAGGCUUGCACGAUACCUGACCUCUGCACAGCUCCCAUGUCAGUAAACACUGGAUCAUUGAGGGUCACCGGAAAUUUAGACUGCUGUAACUCAGACAACUGCAACACCAACACUAAAAUUCCUGCUCCUUAUACAGACAUUACCCCCAAUGAUAGUAAGUGUUAUUUUUGUGAUGGGACUGAAUGCAGUAAGAUUAUGUACUGUCAAGGGGUUGAAAAUCGCUGUUUUGAGACUUCGGCUGUUGUAAAUGGUAAGACCCAACCUCUCAAGGGAUGUGCCAGUGACAACGCCUGUAAGACACCUCCAUCUGAUCUGGAAUUUAUAUUUGGCACAAAAUUCAAAUCCAGUGUCAUAUGCUGUACUGGAAACCUGUGUAACAAUGCCAAGCGCACAGAACAGAGUGUCUUUGUUUUGCUGGUGCCUCUCACAUCUAUCAAGCUCUUUUACUGAGAGAUGAUAACAUCCAUCUGCCCUUUUCUAGAAAGAAGGAACGUCGAAACAAGUGAUUUUAUGGCCUAAAGAGGAAUCUUUCUUUUUCCUUUUAUACCUUAUAUUUCAUUGUGUGUUUCUGUAUAUCACAUAAAGAAUGAAGAACUUCAUGAA